UGCUCAAUCAGCUGUUGAGUUGCAAAUUGUGGGUGGAAAAUGCAAGCGGAUUAAUUAAUGAUUUCCAGCUGAAUUAAGGAUUUACCAACUCAGACAUCAUGCCUAUCAUGUACAACACGGGGGAGUGGUUCAAGGUGCGACCGGACUACUACAGAAAAGUGGAACUGGCUACGCCCGAUUGGCCACUGGACUUGGACUUGGAGUACAUGUGGGUGGAGGUGGCUCCCUAUGGAGGACCACUGGCGGCCACACGCGAUCCCACCAAAUUGGUGCCGGUCAAGGGAACCGCCAGGCCAAUGAUCCGCAUCUUUGACACCACCGGCAGGGAAACGGGUCACAUAUUGUGGAACCAUGGCAAACUGAUUGCCAUGGGCUGGUCGGACACCGAGGAACUCAUCUGCAUCCAGGAGAAUGCCACUGUCUUUGUGUACGACAUGUUUGGCAAGGAAAAGGAGUCCUACAGCAUCGGCGACGAGGCCAGCGUUACCAAGAUUGUGGAGGCCAAGGUGUUUCAGUCCUCCGCUGGCACAGGAGUGGCUGUAAUGACCACCUCCGGCCGGAUAUUCCUCAAACAGAACAGUAGCAAGACUGAAAGAAAGCUGCCGGAUAUUCCCAAUUCCAGCAUCAACUGUUCCUGCUGGGAGAUUGUAACCGAGGGACGCAAUAGCUACUGCCUUCUGGGAAGAGAUAAAGAGGUCAUCAAGCUCUUUCCCGGCGAAACUGUGGGCACCAUUACCGCCAAUCUCUUCGAGAAGCCGCACGAGCGAAUCAUUAAGAUCUCGGUGUCGUACAACCACCAGCACUUGGCUCUGUACACCAACACCGGUCUUCUUUGGCUGGGCAGCGUGGAUAUGCGGCAAAAGUACUGCGAAUUCGACACGGGACGCAAGGAUAUGCCUUUGCAAAUGGAGUGGAUCAUGAAUGCCGACAACAGCGAGGCGGAUGCGGUGGUUAUCUCCUAUCCAUCUUACCUUUUGAUAGUUAACCGCAACGCAGAUCGCAGCGAUUUUCCCUACGAUCCGGUCAUGUUUCUGAUGGCCGAGAUGGAUGGCGUACGCAUCAUAACACAAAGUUCGCACGAAAUGAUCCAGCGACUUCCAAAGUGCGUGGAAAACAUCUUCGCAGUGAACAGCCAGGAACCGGCCAGCUAUCUUUUCGAGGCGCAGAAAAAGUUCGAAGAGAAAUCCUACAAGUCGGACGAGUAUCUCAGCAUGUGUCGGGAAAAGAUCGACCUGGCAGUCACGGAAUGCAUUGAGGCGGCUUCAUUUGAAUUUUGUCCAGAGACCCAGAAGAGUUUGCUGAGGACGGCCUACUUUGGCAAAGGCUUUAUUCAAAACCACAAUCCCGACGAAUAUAUGCGUAUUAUGCGAAUACUGAGGGUUCUUAACACUUUGCGACACGAGAGGAUUGCCAUGCCACUCACCUUUAAACAGUUCUCACAUCUUAAUACCGAAGUGAUUCUCAGUCGUUUGGUGUUUCGCAAGCACUAUGCCAUCGCCAUACAAGUUGCCAAGCACUUGAACCUGCCCGAAUCCUGGAUUUUGGAACACUGGGCAUACCACAAAGUUAUCAAUGAUCCCAACGACAUCGAAGUGGCGCGCAAGAUAACAGAAAAGUUCAAGAAUCCCUCGGUCGAAGGCAUUUCCUUUUGCAAUAUUGCGGCAAAGGCCCAUCAAGCUGGACGAGAUGAUCUAGCCAUCAAACUCCUGGAGCUUGAACCUCGUGCUUCGCUCCACGUACCACUUCUUCUAAAGAUGCGCAAGUUUGAUAGGGCGGUGGGCAGUGCAACACAGUCGGGGGAUACGGAGUUGAUAACCCAAGUCCUCUUGGAGAUGAAAAUGCACAUGAUGCUGUCUAAUUUACAUAUGACCAUCAGAGACCAUCCCCUAGCGCUAAAUAUGUACAAGAAGAUCAUGCGGGAAUCAAACAGAGCAGGUCUCUAUGGCAUUUACAACACCGAGGACGAUCAAAAGGCAAUCGCAGAGUAUCACUUUGAAAAUGCCAUUGAAACCGAAGGUCUGGAGUCGAAUUUGUCGAUGAUUGGAAAUGCUUAUGCCCAGGGACGUUGCCCUUUGGAGGCGGAACUGUGUGCGGAUACCAGUCGAUUAGUCAAGCUGCAGAAGACGCUGAGCACCAAGUACAAUGCCAGCUUGAAUGGAUUAUCAAUACAUGACACCAUUCAGGAACUGCUGCAGUUAGGCGAGCUGAAAGAGGCAGAGCGGAUAAGGAACGACUUCAAAGUGCCCGAGAGACGCUUCUGGUGGCUGCGAAUACUCGUACUUUCGGAGCAAUACAAGUGGGAUGAGUUGGAGAAGCUGGCGAAAAGUAAAAAGAGUCCCAUUGGCUACGAUCCCUUUGUCGAGGUCUGUUUAAAGCAGGACAACGCAAGUGAGGCGCGAAAGUACAUACCAAGAUGUCGGGACAAUCGCAGGAGCGUCUGGUAUAUGCGGGCCAACCUCUAUAACGAAGCCAUAGAUUCCGCCUUCGAGCAAAGGGAUGUGCACAGUCUCUAUGAACUUCAGAAGAAUCAGGCAAUCGUAAGCAAUGGAACGCUGUUCAACAAAGUCUGCAACUUCAUUGCCACGCUAGAAGGAAAGUAGUCGCAACAUUCCUAUUUAUAAGCAAAACCAUUGCGCAUAAUAAAAAGGGUAUUUAUUUAUGUCUAUAAAAACAA